AUGGCGAACAUUGUUUUGUUGGAGACUGUGUUCAGCACUUUGAAUGGAUUUCAAAGCUUGACCAUCACACAGUUCAGGGCAGGAAGCAUCAUUGUAGUUUUUGAUGUGACUGUUGUGAACUUCAUCUUGCCAAAUGUUCUGCUACAAAAAUCCCAAAACCUAAGCACAAACCUGAAUGCAACAUAUCAUCUGACAACACAAGGUGUUGUACAGAUAAACAUGCCAACCAACCCCGUGUGUACUACCCACACGCACAAUAUCACGUGCACGACACAAGAGGAAAUGAACUGUCAAUCUGUGUGGCAGCUGGAAAAAAUGCAAAAGAAGUAUGAUAUAACUAAUGGGACAGAGUCCCUGCUGAUAUUCAAACCACAAAAGGCUACACUCACAAUUAAAUCCAUAUCAGAACUUGGCAGGUACGUUUAUCAUUGCAAAUUACUGGUUCUGUUUUUUUUUUUCGUUUUAUUUUUUUUAGGGACGUAUAUCUGUUCCUACAAUGAUAAAGCAUACAAUGGCACGAUAGCUCACAUAGCGAGCGGCACACUGGACGUAGCCCAGCUUCCAAACAUUGAAAUCAUGAGUGCACCUGGAUUUCCAUACUGCUCAAAGGACAGCUCAUUUGUGUGGGUGAAAAUCCUAUGUGAGAUAAAAAAAAGUAGUGAAAAGUAUGAGGUGACCUGGAAAGGCAAAGACCAUGAACAGGCAAUAAUACCGAUCAACUAUCCUAGCACGUCUGAGGCGACUGAUGUUUAUGCCGCAAAGACACUGGUUGCCUGUAACUCUGCUGGGGAACCAACUUUAACAUGCAUAUUUUCAAACAGGUGCCAGCAGACAAAAACAGCCAACAUCGUAAUCAAUAUCCUCAAUGAAGGUGAGGAUUACUGUAAAGCUGAAGGUGAAUGGGAAGACACAAAAGCAAACUUCUCCGCUGUGAUGAAAUGCAAAGAUGGGAUUGGAUACCAACGUAGGAGAUGCAGAAAGGGUGGAAACUGGGAUGAGGUUGAGUCAGAGUGUGUGAACCAGAAUCUGGCCAGUAUACUGGAAAAUGCACUUAUUGUUGAUGUUGGACUCGGCACAGUAGAGAACAAUGCUGCAGAUGUAUUUUCCAGAUUUGAGGAUGCCACUAAUAACACGGACAAAAUCAAUACUUUUGCCAACAUGAAUGCUUCUGUCUCCGUACUUGUCAGUAUGGGUGCAAGACUCAAACAGAUUAACAAUGAUUCUACAGUGGAUAACCUUCUGCAAUCAUCAAGCAAUUUGCUUGACAAAUCCAUCAGUAACGCAUGGAGCACAAAUAUCAACACAAAAGAAAACGUUUCGAUGGCUGAAAGAUAUCUGACUUCUGUCGAGCAACUAAUAAAGAUGACAAAUGUGACAACUGACAACAAAGCAAAGCCUAAUAUAGAAGUGGCAGUGUGCGAUACCAUGCAGAAAUUAAAAUGUACACAUGCUGUCUUCAAUGUUACUGUGUGUGUUCAGGGUUCAAACCCUGGCAUUUUAAAAACCACAGGCUUUACACAGCUGGAGAUGUACUUGCCCCACAAAGAUGAAAAGUACGAUCCUAACACCAUUGUCGUGUCAGCAACUAUAGAUAAGGAACAACUAGACUCCCCUUCAGUUAUAAUUGACUUCACUUUACUCCGACCGCGGCCUCGUAAUCAUAAGCUGAAAUGUGUCUACUGGGACACAGCCAAUGGGGAAUGGUCCACACAGGGAUGUGAGUGGGAGAGUCAUUAUAAGGGUGUUCGCUGUAAAUGCACUCAUUUGUCCUCAUUUGCUGUUCUAAUGUCAAAGUAUCCAGAGGAGAUCCUGGGGUUACAGGAGUUAUCCUACGUUGGACUCUCGAUCUCGGUCUUCUCACUCAUUCUCAGCCUCACUAUAGAGCUGGUGGUCUGGAGCACAGUUGUUAAGACAGAUACUUUGUUUUUGCGUCACACUGCCCACAUAAAUAUUUCUCUCUGUUUGCUGAUUGCAGAUGGCUGUUUUUUAGCAUCUUUGCAUCAUGGGAUGUCAGAAACGUGGUGUCAAGUUACUGUGGUGUUGAAGCACUUCUGCUAUCUGGCUAUGUUCUUUUGGAUGUUGUGUUUGAGCAGCACACUUCUUCAUCAGGCAGUUUUCCUCUUCCAUAACAUCAGCAAGAAGGUCUACACGAGGUUCUCCUUAAUCCUGGGCUACUUCUGUCCUUUUCUUAUUGUCAUCAUCACUUUUAUUACAAAUGACACUGGCUCUGAAGGCUCAUACUUCAGCAGAGACACCUGCUGGCUGAUCUACACUGGACUAAUGAAAGGGUCCAUUCAUACAUUUUUCAUACCUGCUGGUAUCAUCGUUUUUGUCAACAUCUUUUGCAUGGUUGUUGUAAUCAUGAAGCUUUUGGACCGCCCUAAGACUCCAGAAAGCAUGUGUAAAAAAGAAAAAACAGCUGUGAAAAGUAUCAUGAGGUCACUGAUCUUGCUGAGUCCAGUCUUCGGUGUGACGUGGGUUUUUGGAUUUGCUGUAACCGCCAUUGACUUCGCAUCUGGACCAGAAGCCCAUGUGGUCAAUUAUGUGUUUACGCUGCUGAAUUCAUUCCAGGGCUUGUUCAUUUUGAUAACCACAUGCUUUGGGGACAAAAUGGUACGUGAUGCACUGAUGAAACGCUUCUCCAAAAAGGCUCCACAAUCCAUCAGCAAAAGCUCCACAAAGUCAGAGGCAACACAAUGAAAAAGUGAAGUACUUCAAAUGUAGAGUACAAUCUAAACCAC